UUCAUCUCGCCAUGGCAGCGGCAAAGCCGACCAUCAAUGCACACAUUCCCAAGACCGAGAUUAUCACCAAGCACAAGGUCAUCCGAUUUGGAACCACCCGCAAAGCACCCACAGAGGAUGAGGCGAAGUUGUUCAGCUACUUGCACCAGCGUGCAGAUCUCAAGGUCUCCCGAGGAAAUAUUCCCGUGGGCUUCUACGCCUGCAUGUUCCUGGAUGAGGGUCAACCCUUGUUCUUGGAGACGCGCUUCGGCGGCUACGAGGACGGCUUGGCCGUGGGGCCGCAGUUCCAGAUCAGUUGGAAGGCCGAGAAGGAGGUGAUUCCGCCGUUGGACAGCUUGAGCGAUGGCUGGUACAAGGAUCUAGACGACCUUUGGACGUUGGUCCUGUCCUACUUCGAAAAGCGCGCCAUUUUGAGCGAGGAGACACUGGAAUACCUGGACGCCGAUCCCUACGUCCUCUUCGGAAUCGAUGAUCCGCUGACGCAGCAGGCGCUGGUGAAGCUGGAGAAGUUUCCAGCGCUGAUGUGUGAGACCGUUCCCAGCCUGGAGGACUGGGCCUACUAUCUGCGAAUCGAUCCCAAGGAUGGCUCCAUGCUGUGGCUGGUUAGAGCCAUGAUGGAAACAGAGCUGCCAAAACCCUGGACCUGUUACAAGGGCAUUGGUAGCAUCGUGUGCUACCUGCGUUCCGACACGGGCCAGGUCACCUGGAAGCAUCCCUUCUACGACUACUUUCGCCAGCUGCGGGAUUUCUGUCGCCAAGCCUCCAGCCAAGAGGUGAUGCAGGUGCGCUGCAACCGUUUGCUGUGGAGUUACGAGGCCACUCGGAUCGAGGCGGAACAUGACCACGAUCCCUUGAUCUCUCCCUCCUACGUGGCCCGAAUGGCAGAUAUCUUUGGCUUUGAUGUCAAGACUCAAGGCUGCGUGGUGAGGAAUUGCAAGGCACAGUUGAAGGCCUUUGCGAAGGCCUAUCGUAGCAAGCAAGACAUUGACGUGGCGCUGAUCGACGCGUGCCACGAGAUGUUGCAGCGCGACGUGGCCAAGUACAGCGAAAUGGUGACGCACUGGUCCUCCGAGGUCAAGGAUGAUGUGAAGUUUGAUCUCAACAAGCUGGCUGCAGGCGAAAUGUUCUGUGUGAACUGCAAGAUCGUGGCGUUGAGUUUUUGCCUGGAAUGCAAGGAUUACUUGUGCUUGAAAUGCUACGCGGAGCUGCAUGGCAAAGGCUCGCGCAAAGACCAUGCGCCCUUCUGCUUAGUCCCAUGCGCCCUGUGCGUACAGCUGCCGGCGAAGAUUCAUUGCACUUUUACCGACAAGUCCUUGUGCCACAAGUGCUAUGCAUUGAGUCAUAUCAAGAUGCUGCCGCUGGAUGGGAAAGAAAACCAGCCGCGGAGGAUCAACUAUGUGGAACAGUACAACCGCUAUGCGGAGUUUGCCAAGGCCCGCGUGAAGAAGAUCGCGGUGCAGCCCGAGGACAUCCCGGCGCUGGACGACGCAGCAUACGAGUCGGUGCUGAGUACGGAUUGGCAUCCCUUCUACGAUGCGCGAGGGGUGAAGUACUAUCACAACUUCGCCACAGGCGAGCGCAUGCGGCAGAGCCCCCGGCGGGUGCCCGCCAUGGAGGACGCCGGAGCGGAGGAGAAGGAGGUUACCAUGGACGUGACCAAGAUCGUUGAAACCACCAACGAGCUUUUGGAGAACGAAUACAGGGAAGCCAAGCCUUUGGAGGUGCAUCUGCCCUCCAAAUCCGGCGCCGGCGGCCUGGAACGUGGCGCCGUGCCGCUGAGCGGCUUCGACGCGCUGAAGAGCGACGUGCCCGCCGCGGUGCGCGCUGCGGAGGACCCGGAGCACCGGCUGCUGCGGCCGCCGCACCGGACCCAUCUGCCCAAUGAGCUGCCGGAAGACGAGCAGUGAAGGAUGGGAUUUACCCUCUGG